CACAAAAUGGCUACCUCGACCAGUUCAGAGGGUGGUCCAAAGAUUCUGUCGCUCCUCGCGGCAGGAGGCCCCACGAGCCCCGAGAGAAUGGCGAGGCUAUUUCAGAGGCGAGGGCUGUUCCAGGAGACGAAUGCUCCCACUACCAGAAUGGCCCUCCUAUUGGGGAACUACCUGUGCACUAAUACUACUCAGAAAGCUGUGCAGGUGAUCCUAUCCUACCCGGGAAACAUAAAGAUUCUUCUAGAGUUCAUGCUGAAGGUCCUGCCAGCGAGCGGCGAUAAUUUCCUGCCAGUGUUUCGUUGUGUUCACGGAUUCUGCGUCGGAGAAUGGUUUCUGGCUCCGUCAGACGAGGCUGCCCUCUUGGAGCAGAUGAAGUUGAACGUAGCCGUAGAGAGAGGAGGAGGAGGAGGAGGAGGAGGAGGUGAGAAAGGAGAGAAAAGCGAGAGAGAAGGAGAGACACAGGAUGAGGAGCAGAAAGUGGAGGUAGGGAAAGAAACUAGAACCAGCAGCGACCCAAAGGCAAAGAUACGGAAACUCUUCUCCAGUCUACGCUCCACCACACUUUCUCCGCAGCCCGAGCCAACCUCGGUGACCAAACCUCUCACUUGGCGAGACAUCACCAAGAAAACUGGAAACCCCGCAAGAGAAGCCGUAGUUAAGGCCCUGAAAGAGCUGGGGGCGUGGUCUGUGCUAUACCAGUUCUGCACCGAUCUCCCAGUGUUUCAGGCCCUCGACAGAGACAAGGGUUUCUUGUCUGGCUGUGUGGGUGAUGGAGGCAGUGGGCACGCCCUGGAAACGCUCGUAGAAAGGUUGCACCAGGUAAAGUGUGCGGUGGUGGCAGUGUCAAUUCUAAUCCACCUGGCCGCGCCUCCCUACAUCCUCCCCUCUCUCAAUCCCCGCAUCUUCACGUCCCUCGUCUCGCUCUUCACACGCUGUCUCAACGCAGCCACCUCUGCAGCCUGCGCCGCGGCUGCUCUCAACAAGGACCGUAAACCCUCCACGACGCCGGGGGCAACCCCCACAAUUAGUGGAGGAGGAGAGAGGGAGGGAGAAGCGGGUGAAGGUCAGGAGCCACCGUCCAUUCCAGAGCUCCUUGGUCUCAUUUCUUACUGCCGAGGUCCGUCUGUGGUGUCCACCAUUACCGCCAGGACACUGGCUCACGACAUUGCUGUUCUCACACUGAAAGUUUUUGCGAAGCUGUUGGAAGUAGCUGCAGUACUGCCUCGAAGCAGAGACAAUAUUGUAAAGAACCUCCACACUCUGUUGGUGUACCAGACCCUGUGUGGACUGAUGCCUCUGCUGGCUUCACCUGGGCCUGUGGGAGGAGGAGGAGGAGGGGGGCAAACUGCUAGGGGGGGCCCUCACGUGAAAUUAACAGUGCCCCUGGUUGAAUUAGCCAAUCAGACCAUGAGUAGCACCCUGGCCAUCUUGGAGAAGCUGCGUACUGAAACUAGUGAUGAGCAACCGGGGGUUGAUGGUAAAGAAGAGGCUGCUGGUCUGCCGUCAGCUGCGACACUGGAUGUCACGAAGCAGUACUCCGCGUGGCAGUGUACUCAGAUGGUGUUCUCUCACCUCCCACUGCUCAAGAUCAUCUUCAACCUUCUCACUCACUCCUGCAAGAAGACUCUGUCCCUGAUGACUAGCCAGCCAGGGGCAACGGGGACCUCGACUGGAGCUGAAAGGUCCAAAUCCCCACCCAUCAAGACGCGGACGGAGCGACAGGAGACGCUGGUUCGCAUGUUGCGAGAGUCUCUGUCGAGAAAGAUCUCUGAGAAGUUGGUGGCCGCCGGGGUGGAGAGGGAGAAGGAGGAGGAGAAGGAGGAGGGGGGAGGGAGAGGGGCAGGCUCAGAGUCUCCUCCGUCCACUGUUAGCUCCAGCGGGGAGAGAGGGGGAGGCUACACUCUUCACGUCGAUUCUCUUGACUCUGGCGACGAGUCAGAAGAGUUUGAAGCUCCAAGAACUCCACCUUUUUUGUUGCCGUUUCCUGCUGAGCUCCCACCGAUCCCGCCCGUCCCCACCUCGCCCCCAAUGCCCCCGAAACGACGCAUCUCGGUCCCUCUCGAGCCGCCCAAACUGAAAGAGAAACCGUUUGUCGACCCGCCUCUCCUUCGUCCCAAGGCAAAGGGGGUCUCCUUUCUGACCUCCGCUUCGGACCCCUCGGCUCCUCGCUACGCAGAGUUGAGGAAGAAACCAGAGUUUUUCCUGGAGCUGGCGUCUGUCACUCUGAAGUGUCUCUUUGUUGAGAUCGUCUGCAGUAGGCAUGACGGUUUGCGCAAGAUACUGCAGGACAAGAUGAAGCCCGAGUUUGUGUCGCAGCUGGCCUGGCUCGUGUUGAACGUCGGGUCAACAGGAGACUCCGCCCGUAGCUCCGCCCCUGCCGGCCGGACAAAAAGAGGAGCGAAGAAGGCACGACUGUCAACCACGGGGGUGUCAACCGUCAAACGAGACCUAUCUAAACUGGGCCUCACUCUAAUGGAGAUGGUGCACGAGAUGAUAGUGGACGAUACCAGUCGUCACUUUCUCCACGCCGUUCUCCUCCACGAGCUGGGGCUGACGGCCAAGUGCUGGUCUCUCUCCAUCCCUCCGACCUCUCUCUCUGUCCUUGCCAGGGUCCUCGUGUGCCGGAUCUAUCUCCAUCCUCAGGAUUCAUCGCCGGCUGAAGACGACCCUCUCGCCCUUGCCAUAUGGAGAGGGUUUCUGACUGCCGUGGCUGAGAACGCCAGCUCCACUGACGACCAAGACGAAGAUGUAGGAGCGUCUCACGUGCAGCUGAUGUGUCUGGUGUGGCACAGCUUCUCCCAGGACACCAGGGGAGCUCUCCUCUCCCAGUGCGCCCACUCUGUGGUUGCCGUCGCACAGGCCAUCGAGAGUGGAGUGAAGCUCCACCCACUGGCUGUAUCUCGUCUUCUCCUCCUACUUGACUACAUGCUGUUCCAGUUCAGUUCUCCUCCUCCUCUCCUCACAGACCAGGUGAGGCACAAUUUCUACCCCGUGGUGGUGGGCGGAGGAGACGUGCGCGUGUACAUGUGUGAGCAACAGCUGCAGUACUCCACUGCCCUCUCCAAACCUCUCUCCCAGUCGUCCUCCUCCUCUGUCACUCCAGCCGACAAGGAGACCUCAGUCCUCCUCCCUUCUUCAGUGUCUGCUUCUCACGGUCCGAAGUUCUUCAACGUUCGUCCCAGCUCUCUCCACAACGAGGAGGAGGAAGAGGAGGAGGAAGGGGAGGAUAUAGUGGACCCCAGCAUCGAUGGAGAAGCGUGCAAGAUAGUGUUAAAGCUGGCCGGGUCGACUGAAGGAGUGAAGGGCUACAACGAGCUGUGCCAGGCUAUUGUGGUCGUGAUGAGUUGCGGGGUGGACUAUGCCGGAGAAAUAGGGGAUCUUCACGGAAGAGUUCUGGCAGCCAAUGCAGCCCAUCAGUGUUUCUCUCUCUCCCUGACCCUGCUGCACCACCUCCCUCCCUCUCACCACGCCCUCUCGUCCAUUGUGGACGGCACCGGCCUCUCUUGCAAGGACUCAGUGGGGGCGUGUAUGAUGGUCUACACGCUGUAUCUCGGAAUGAGGAUGAAGAUGCAACAGAUCGAGUCCGAUGAUGUCACGGACACCCUGGUGGAGUCGGAGUACUCCAGAGACGAAGCGGAGGAGAUUCUGGCCCGGGUAUUGUCCGUCGUUGAUUCCACUGAGCACUUCAUCUCCCAGAUCACCACCAUCCUCAACGAGUUCCUGUCACUGGAGGAGGAGUCGGUCGUGUUGCCUCUGUUCUGUGUCAUUGCCCUGGACUUCCUCAUCUGUCUCCUGACCAGGGUGGUGGUGGACGAGACUGAACCAGAUGAGGAAGAAGAAGAGGAGGAAGAAGAUGGGAAGAACGCCCCCAAGACCAAGUCACCGGUUACUCCGGUCCCUCCUCCCCCACCCGUUUCCUCUUCUAAUAAGAGCCCACCACCACCUCCGAAAGUUGGCGGGGUUGACGAGCCAAACCAACCGUAUGUCAUCUCUUCGAAAGAGGAGGUGUUCUACUCAACCCACGGAGAAGGUCUUGUGAAUAUCCUUCUAAAGACCACUGAAAAACUGCUCGUCUAUUGCCGUCUCUAUGCCAUGAUUGGUAAUCAAACCGGGGGACGACCCUCGUUCAACGAACUCUCACAGACGGCGCUGGACGGGAUAAUGAAACUUGCAGGUCGCGAUCCGCUCCAACCCAAGGACACCAAACCUCUAUUCCACGCCCACAUCCCUGACGAGGUACGAGAGCGGCUCAAGACGUGGAACUCGGCCCUGCUCAUCGACCCCGCGCACAAGGAGAAGCUGUGCAACCACGACCUGGACAGCUCUGUGAGCGACAUCAUCGUCCAGUUCCUCAAUCUCCAUCUCUCGGCCUUCACCGGCCCUCGGUUCUUCGGGCCCACCCGCUGCUUCAAGAGCACCCUAUCCUCCCUGCUCUCCCUCCUCUCGACCCUCUUCGAGAUGUGUCCACCUCAAACCUUCACCGUGCCCGAGGAAUCGACCUCGCUCCCCGCCAGGGGGUCCUCUCUUCUGUCGGGCCUCGUGCCCCUGUCCUGCGACGUCAUGAUGGAGUUCUGCGGUGCCGACAUGCUUAAACUGGUCAAGAUCUGCGGAGAUAAACAGUUCUCGCUGGCCGUGUUGGAGCACAGACUCAGACAGAGCUCGAGGCUUCUGCAGCUGCCGAGAAUGACGGGAUGUAACCUGCUAGGGCCUCUGUUGGCAGACUUCUUUGGCCUGCUGGGAUCUCUGCUGGACGAUGCGUCCAGUAAACCUGUCCUCUCCACUCUUGGUCCUGACAACACUGAUUGCCAUGUGGUGAGGUUGGUGCUACUGGCUGGCUCUCCGGACACCACUGGGACUGCAGUCAUAGAGAGUCUCAAGUUCCUCUCCAAGCUACUGAGUCUGGCCCAGAACAAGGGAGAGCAGGAGAAUCGACAUCUCGACGGUCUGGUGGCCCAGGUCAACCUCAUUGGCCAGGCCGAGUUAGCCAAGGGCCUGGAGCAGUGGCUGCGGAGGCUGGUUCUGGGGUCAUCCAGUGACGGUCCGUCUGAGGUGGCACUCAACGUCUCCCACCUCCUCAAGUUUGUCGAACUCCUGACCAUCGAAGACAGUCUGCUGAGUCCGGGGGUGGACUCUACCCUAUUCACCACUCUCCUGCCCCUGGGAGGCCAGCUACUGACCGACAUGACUGCCCAGCCCAAACUCCUCUCAGUCUUUGUCGACUACUUUCAGUGCCUCGUCCUACUGGCCGGUACCGGUAACACUCGCGGACACAUCUCCCUCGUCAAGGUGGUGGAGGGAUGGUUUCCGGAGUGCCUGGCUAGACUGAGUAGCGAGACGGACGCUAAUCUUCUCCGUAAGCCGCAGGCUAGCGGGCCCGUGGCGGCCAUGUUGGUGUACCUGGGUCAGCUGUACUCUGCCGCGUUGCUGGCGACGGACAUGGUGAGGUACAACGAGAAGAGGAGAGUGGCUGACGAGGAGGACUCACCACUGAUGGAGUCUGACUCAGAGGAGGAGGACGAGGGAGGUCCGUCGGGAGGCAAAGACGAUGAACACUCUCAGGGAGAAGACUCUGACGGGGAGGUCCUCAACAGCAAGCUGUGCACAUUCACCGUCACCCACAAGGAGUUUCCGUCACCAGCACUGGUACCACUGCCACACGUGUGGACUGGUGGACGGCACUGGAGCCUGCACCGUCUGUGCCAGAGUCUGCCACAAGGGUCACGAUUUGACGUACUCCAAGUCAGGGUCGUUCUUCUGCGACUGUGGAGCUAAGGAAGGAGGUGGUUGCAAGGCGCUGGUGAAAAGGACGAGUGAUGCGAAAUCAGAGAGUCUGUCUUCACAUGACGGAGGACUGCAUCGUCUGCUCUGUUCUCUGGUGAGGCUGGCAGUGGGAGGAGGAGGGGGAGGAAGAGGAAGGGGGGAGGGAGAGGAAGGGGAGAGAGGGACAAGAAGGAUCAGUCACAGCAGGCGGUGUUGAAUCUGGCAACAAAAGAGAAGAAAACCGAGAGAAAGUCAUUCUUCCCAACAGUCCCCAUUCUCCGCCUCAUGACCCAAAUAGAGCAUUACAAAAGUGAACUUCGUGAGUACCUGGAUGCGAGUCCUCUGUGUGACAAUGUCCAGUCCAUCGUAUCUCUCCUGCUGCCGAGGGUCGUGUCCACCGUAGAUUUCUCGUCCUACAGCUGCAACUCUGCCCGACAGGCCAUGCUCGACCUACACAGCAAGGAGAAGACUGUGGACUAUACAGACAACCUCAUGGCUGCCACCCUCGGUUCCCAGGAGGGAGCAUUUGAAAACGUGCGGCUCAGUUUCCAGGGCGACCAGGGCCAGCAGCUGCGUCAGCUUCUCUCCUCCAACGCCAUUCGCCGCGUCGCCAUGUGCGCCCUCUCCUCGGUCAAAGGUCACCGGCAGCACCUGGCCGUCAACCACGAUAAGGGAAAGAUAACCUUCCUCCAGUUGUUCCCCAUCCUGCGACAGACCCAGUCAAACAGAAGGAAACUAACCCUCACAAGGUUGAGUACUGCGACAGUACCGUUCACGGUCAUCUCUGUGGCGCACAAUCCUUGUCACGAAGACUUUAUGGUCGUAUGCGGACUCAAGGAGUGUCAGUUGCUGGUUCUCAACAGCUCAGCUCAAGUCACCAGCAGAGCUGUACUUCAUCCCUCAGUCGACCAGGACGGCUACAUUGUCAAGGCCAUGUGGGUUCCUGGCUCCCAGACGGAGCUGGUGGUAGUGAGUGACACUUUUGUCAAGAUAUACGACCUGCGAGUGGACCUCAUAUCUCCGGUCUACUAUUUCGUCAUUCUCACGGGGAAAAUCAAAGACGCAACUGUGGCCGUCACUGGAGAGGAAAAGUUUGUGGUUGUGAUGAGUGCCAGUGGUGUGAUGUACAGCCAGCCGGUCAUCCCAGCCUGCAAUGCGGUGGAGGGUCCGGUAUACUUCACCAUUGACCUGGGUGUCAUCUACCCCUCUGGUGGUGUGGCCGGGACCACCUCUCCUCAGGGGGAAGACGAGGGAGAAGAGAGUGUCUUUGGAGGAGGCGUGUCCAUCUACUACUCUCACACUCUCAAGAUGCUCUUUUUCAGCUUCAUGAACGGCAAAUCGUUCAUGGGGAGUCCCAACAGUACAAUGACUGAAGUUCGUCUGGUAGUCAACAUUCCUCUGAAGGCAAACGGAGGCAGUAGCACCAAUAGCAGCAGCAGUAGUGGAGGAGGAGGAGGAGGAGGGGAGCAAGGGGUCUGGACCGGCUCUAGUCCAGUGGACUGAAGUUCAGCAUCAUCCUGGGCUGGUGUGUGCCGUCUGUCAGAAUAGCAACAACCCAGUGGUGCUGCUGGUGAAACCGGAGCAGAUACAGGUCCAUGAACUGAAGCCACUGCCAAACAAGGCCAAGGUCCAGGGCAUGGUCGCCAUGAGACAGCCUCCCUCCUCUGACAACACGGCUCACCAUCGGACCACCCUCAUCAUUCUCUGUGAAGACGGGAGUCUGCGUAUCUACGUCGCCAACAACAACACCAACACAGAGUUCUGGAUGCAGCCUCAGUUCAAGCCCACCAGCCCCCUCGUCUUGCUCAAGGGGCGUGGCAAAGCCGGGGUCCUCGUGGCGGGGGGAGACACAGCGACAAACCAAAGUUCCCCGUAGAUUUCUUUGAGCACUGCCAGGCACUUCCGUUCAAUGAUAUCGAGUUCGGAGGACCGGACGUACUACGUGUGUACAACAAACAGCAGCUGAAGCACCGACUCAACCUGAACAACCUGUACGUGGUGAGCACGCGCAGCAGUGGGUUCACCGUGGAGGUCACCAGCAACGUGAGCGGUCAGGUGACCAUGGUCGGAGUCAGAGUGAUGCUGGGACUCAAGUCCCUCGAGAAGGCUCCGUCCUUUGUGGAGAUAUUUGGACGAACACACCCGGUGUCAUUUCCGGCCAACUGCCAUCGAUGGGUGGACAUUCCUUUCACCAGAGAGGAGAGUCUGCAGGCUGACAAACUCAUAAAGAUCAACUUUGGUCCCAGUCAGGACUCAUCGGGAGUCAAUAUAGUUGACGCCAUUCUCGUGUAUGGGCAGGCCAAGAGUGCCUUUGGUUGGCCUGAGGGCCCCGGUGAUACCCUGCUCCCUGCCAAAUCCCCCGCCUCAGGCGGACCCGGCCAGUCGACGGUGACGGGAGGAGAGAGAGGGGAGGAGGAGGAAGAGGAAGAGGUUGAGGCAGGAGAGAGCAUGGCCGCUAUUCCUCUCACCCACCUCGGCCGGUAGGGCAAUGGGAGGGAAGUACACUAGGAGAAAGUAUGAGGUUUGGGUUUGCAUAUUCUAAUAAGCCAAUCCUGCAUGCUAAUAUGAAGGAACUAUUUUUACAUGCUAAUGGGAGGGAUGUACCUACUGAAUGAGACCAGAGAGUGAUGGUUGCAUUCUCAAUGUGGCAGUUUAGAAUCUGUGUCUUCCCUCCGUCUCACUCUGUAGAAUGGUCUGCGAUGCCUUUUCUGUGCUAGCCAACCGCAACAUCUCCGUCGAGAAAAACCAGGUUCGAACCUUAAACACUGUCCGUAUUUCCGGUGAUGUAAUGAUGAUGUCAUCUCCAGCAAACAGAUCUGAGUGGGAUUGUAACCCAAGCGACUUCGUUCCUGAUGUACUGCGUGCCGCAUGACCUGCAGUACCACAUGCGGUUUCUCCUCACCUCCCUGGUCCAUGGCAGGGACCACUUCCACCAGUUCAAGGACAAGAUGCAGUUGACACACGUGAUCCAGGCUCUGUCUCCUCACCACCGGCAGCAGAAUCAUCGUCCUGGUUCCAGUCUUUCCUCCGGCAUGGAACCGGAAUACUUCCAGUAUCUCCUGCUGAUGUUGCUGUCCAUUGCCAGACACCGCCCCCGUAGUCUCGCCACCGUGGCGACGGAGCUCGCUGAUCUUAUUCUGGGCGGGAAAGAGAAAGACGAUGAUAAAGAAGAGGGUGGAGGGGGAGAAGAUGGGGGAGAAAGAGGAGAUCGAGAUGAAGAUGCUGAUUUUGAAGACAAGGAGACGAAAGUGAUGGUUGAUUUUCUGAACAUUCUCAACAACGGCUUCUGGCAGCUGUACGUCCUCCGUUGUUCCAACCCUGCGGUCUCUCCCGUCAUUAACCCAGGAUUCACAGCUUUGGACGCCACGGUCCUAGCAGUCACAGAGAUAAUGUGGACCUUGGUCCACCUCAACCAUCGCCUGGUGGACACCGUCCUCAAGUUUACCAUCCAGUUCCUCCUCACUCCGAACUCUCAGAUGUGCGAAGCUGCGCUCUCUGUCGUGAUGCGCAUGCUAAAACCGAGGAAGAAGGAGACGGAGAAAGACGCCGGAGAGAAAGUGCUCUCACCUGAGCCAGUAGAACGAACUCCAGUAGAACCAGCUGAUCAAAAGGAGGAGGAGGAGGGAGAGAGGGAGAGGAGUGCCACGCCCUCCCAGCCGCAUGUGGCCGAGGAGAGGAGGAGGAGGAGGAGGGGCCAGAGAGGGAGGGAGAGGGGGGAGGAGGGGUAGGGGAGGCGAGGGGGUGGAUGGAAGUCAUGCACGCAGAGGGCGGAGCUCCACCUCCCCCUGUUCCUGUGGGACUUGAGAACUUGUUGGCCAAUCAUGCAGCUGCUCUCCAACAAAUAGCUUCCAACCCGGAGCAGUUCCUGGUGGGUCUACAGGGGGUACCAGAUGAAGAGACCAUGAUGAACCUGGCCAUUGCUCUCAGUCUUCAGGAGGAGGCCGGAGGGAGUCCAGAGGCAAACCAGGCUCUGCAGGCUGCUCUGCAAGGUCUUGCAAUCCCGGUAGCUGCUCUCGAGGCGGGGCUGGGG